AUGUCUCGAAUUGCAUUCCUACAAAAACUUGUUAGACAAGUCAACCCACUCAUGGCCCAAAGGCUCCAGCCCUACGCCACAAUGCUCCAAUCCACUGUCCACAACCCAACAAACUCCCCCCAAAAUAUGACCAUAAUACCCCAGCUACCAAUUGGCCAAAAUAUCCCCAGAAAGGACAAAAUCACUUUCCUUGUGAACUCGCUUACAGUCCUCUCGGACAACAAACAGCUCAUCUACAGCACGCUCGAUGCAUGGAUCGCAUGGGAACGCGACUUCCCAAUUGGGGCCAUUAAAAAUGUCAUUCUUGCCCUUGAGAAGCAAAACCAGUGGCACCGAGUAAUUCAGGUGAUCAAGUGGAUGCUUAGCAAAGGGCAAGGGACUACAAGAGGGACUUACGGGCAGCUGAUUGAAGCCCUUGACAGGGACAACAGAGUGGAGGAAGCAAACGAGGUCUGGAAAAAGAAACUCGCGUUUGAUUUGCAUUCGGUCCCUUGGAAGCUGUGCAAGAUGAUGAUUUCGGUUUACUACCGUAAUAAUAUGCUGGAGGAGCUCGUGGGACUUUUUGAGGGUUUGGAGGAUUUUGACAGGAAACCGCCUGAGAAAUCGAUAGUGCAGAAAGUGGCGAAUGCGUACGAGGUGCUUGGGCUGGUGGAGGAGAAAAGGCGGGUGCUCGACAAGUAUAAGGGCCUGUUUGAGGAGACAUCAUUGAAGAAAGCGAGGAGGGGAAGGAGGCUGAGCCAGGAAGGUUGA